AUGGGCCUCACGUACAACGUCUAUCUCAACGCCGACAAAAUAUUCGGUUGUAGGGAAUGCAAAGCCCAUCUCGCAGACUACAACGAAAUAGUCAGCCGUAACUUCCGCGGCCAACACGGAAAAGCCUUCUUAUUCCAGACCGUCGUCAACGUCACGGAAGGAGACCCCGUCGAACGGAGCAUGACGACAGGCCGCCAUAUCGUGCGUGACAUAUCGUGUCGUACAUGUCGGGUCAUCGUGGGAUGGAAAUAUGACAAGGCCUAUGAGCCCGGGGAGAAGUAUAAGGAAGGGAAAUUUAUUCUAGAGGAGGCUCUGUUGUGUUUGGUUGAUCAGAAGUGA